AUGGGGAAAAUGGUACCUAAUAUAAUUAUUAUAUCAGGGAGUACCAAGCGGGCGAGGCACAUGGAGUUUGCGCAGUGCAACCUUCGUUGGGCGGAGUUGCGCAACCCGUCAUUCGUCUGGAUCUGCGAAAGCGCAGCGGCUUAUCGGGCCGGCGGUGACGUGACAUCUUUGUACGGGAAGCAAGCGUGCGCGACUAGGCGCGUGCGCGACGCUCUGCGCGCGACGACGAGCCGCGAGCAUGCCAGGAGCACGGCGCUGCCGCGCGUAGCGAGCCAGGCCGUGCGCGCGAUCGCCAUGGGCUGCGCCUCGUCCGCCGAGGAGCGCGCCGCUCUGGCCCGCAGCAAGCAGAUAGAGAAGAACCUCAAGGAAGAUGGCAUCCAGGCCGCCAAGGACAUCAAGCUGCUGCUCCUCGGUAACACACUUCCUAUAUCCUUUAUGUAG